AAACGAGGGGUUCGUUCUUUUCUAAAGGCACUGGAGGAACGAGCGGCUCGUUGUUUCAUUAUUACAAUUGUUCAAGGAUAAUUUAUACAGAAUAUAACAUUCAGUUACUCGUAAAAUCAUGGCAAUCAACAUCAGAGGACUUUUUAGAUUAAAUUUAGGUCUGACACAUAAUAUAUUCUGCAAAACUCCUCUUACCAAUGGAGUCCGAUUUAUGUAUUCGGAGAAGUAUUUAGGUGUAUCUACAUACGAAAACACAAGAUUUAUUUUCCGUAAUCAAUUUGUAACGAUAGAAGAAACUUUUCGCUCUAAAAUGUUAGAGGUUUGUAAAGCAGAAGACGGUGUGGUUUUCGUAGAAGACGUGAAAGCUAUGCUACAUUUAGCACAAAACAAUGACGACGAUAUAAAAUUAGUAACCCAACUAAUAGAGAAAUAUGUCAAUUGUAUUAAAGAUCAGAAAUUUGGUUCAUAUGUUUUUGGGCCAGUAGUAAUGAGAAUGUUUUAUUAUUUAAACAAACCAGAGGCUGCGUUGUCUCUAUUUCAGAAUCCUUUGUUAGAUGAGUUUUUCCAACAGAAAACAACGAUUCAAAUCUUAUUCACUUUGUUAUAUAAACAUGAUAAGUUCAAUGAAAUUGUAGCAUUGUACGAACACUUGAUGAGUAGUGAAAAAAAGUCGUCUCUUGCACGCUUCUGUAUAAUUGUAGUGAUGGCUGCGUGUUAUAAACAGAAUAAUCCAGAAUCAUUCAAUUUCGCUGUAAAAUGUUGGGAACAACACCAGGGAAAAUGUUUGUAUUUUGCUAGAAGCCUAGAAAUAUUGGCAGCUUUAGCAAUACGUCAAAAUGAACCUCAAAUGGCAUUAGAAUUAUUGAGUAGUCUUCACAGACAACAGUAUAUCACUAUCAGAUGUCUAAAAAUCUUAGCAUAUUCACAGUGGCAGAAAUAUAUAUAUAUAAUUCCACUCUUGAAAAGUACAUUGGAUGUUGAUAAUUCUGCGCAGAAACAAACGUAUUUUGCUGACGUGAUUUAUCAACUUGAAGAAAAUUUAAAAACCGAAAGUGGUGAUUGGUCAGAAUUGUUAGAUUUAAUAGAAAAUAUUAAAAAUCACGACGGUCUCACAACUCAUGCAACUUUAGAAGAACACUUAUUGAAGCCUCUCGUUGGUGAUCAAAAGUAUUUACAAGAUAGAGACGGGUUCCGACAAGAUCGAGAGAAACCACUGAACCGAAAUUUUGGAAAUAGGAUGAGACUAAGUUCUAGAAAUCAAAUGUAAUGCAUUUUUUAAUAACUAUGUUAGCUGUUAAUGAAUAUUAAAAUUCUUAGUAAUAUUAAAUUACGACUUAUUGACUGAUUCUACAGACACUUUAUAUUAUAUCGCGGAAAAGAUGUAGAUUAGUAUAUCAUAAAAAAUACUAUUGUAUCUUGUAUUGUAUGCUAAUUACCAAACAAAUAAUACAUGUACAAGCAUUUGUUAUUUUUCCCUCUA